AUGACCGAAAUGCCUCGAAUUACCCUCACCGAUAAGAAUGAUGUCCACUACUAUGAUUGCGAUGUGCUGGAGACCUUCUCCAUGAGCUCGGGGACCAUCUCCUACGGGUCGGUGGCGCGGAAUCGACUGACCGAGGAAAAGAUCGCAAACGCCGUUAAGGUUUGUGUUGGAGCUGUGGAAGGUGCUGAGAUACUGUAGAGAUUAUCUACUAGAAAAAUACUCGAAAAUUGGCUUAAAAUUUUUCGGCCGAACUUUUGGUAAUUUUCGCAAUUUUUCGUGAAAAAAAUCUGCGAAUUUUAUAUAGUAUUUUGACUGUAAGACCUUUGUAAAAGUGUUUCCAACCAGAUUUCACCCCAAAUUUUGCCAAGUUUCACCAAAAUCGAAGUGUAUUUCCCCAGAAAAAUUGAGUUGGUGUAAUUUCCAGUUAUCGCCAAACCCUAUCUUUGAGCUUUCUCUAGCUUCCUUUAGCGCCCACAAAUCUAAAGAUCUCUUCAUAAUAAUGAAAAACUACAAAAAUUCUGUAAGAUAUACUGCAAGAAUGUAAUCGGUGCCCAUUUUGAUUAUCCCUGGAAGUAAUUAGCUAGGAAUUUGCCGGAAACGGUCUGCGGGAUCUAUUUUACGUUCAGAUUACAGUAAUCCCCUUAAUUUUCCUUCUGGUUAUACUUUUGUAGUCGUUAUUGUUUGACUGUCGCACUUGCGGUGAUCUUUAAAGGACCAAAAAACAUGAUGAAUUACGGCUGCUGACUCUAUCUAUACCCUACGUGAGGUCUAGACUAAUCCGGGGUUAAAUAAAGCCCGCUUUCUAAAGUACAACCAGACUUGACCGGCUCUAAAAACGGGUGACUAAUUAAUCCGCCGGCUCUAAUUGGCUUAGCGUUUUCGAAAUGGCAAUAUCUCCGGCUGAAGGAAAGCGCUCCUUUGUGCCAUUUUCAGGGAUCAAACUGCAGCAGAAAUUACGGUAAUCGAUAAACAAAAAUGCUGGAUUACGGUAGUGUAGGGUCUUGAGAAAGAUUUAGAUUCUGGCGGAAUCUGUUUUGUUCGAUUUUGUUGUAAAACAGGCAAGAUUGCAAAAUUUUUAGCCCACGUUAGGCAAACAUGUGAAGAUUUAAAGCCGAAUGAGGUCGAAGAUUUGACUUUUUUCUAAAUUUUUGGGCAGAAAUCAAAGUCUAGGAUGAUAUACAUAGAUUGUAAUUGACCCUUUAUUUUCAGACUCAACAAGAUCACCGAGAUGUUGGAACUACGGCGAAAGUGGUCAACAUUUUGGAGAAGAGGAAGCCAAGAGUCGAGGAGAUUGGAGAAACUGCUCUCAGGGUAAUCAAUCGCAGAAGAAGAAAAGAAAAAAAUUCCAAGAAGUUCAAGGUGGAGAACAUGGAUGACAGCGCCGAACUUCUUUGUGGGGUGGGCUGAGAAUUCGACAUUAUUUUUAAAAUUAUUUCCAAUGAUUUAUUUUGUAUUUUAGCUAAUUGAAGAUGCAUUUUCCUCAAUUCUCAGCAAACAGAAUAGGAAUAAAUUGGCAUUGAAGGUGCGGAUCACCACAAAACAGACGCCGGUUCCCAUCAGAACUGUCGAAUUUACCGGCGGAUGUACUGAGGAUACCAGCAGUGACUCUGAGGACUUUAGUAUUUUCGAGGAUGUAAGUUAGUAUUAUAAUUAAUUUUUUGCUGGUAACAUACGUUUUCUUACCUUCUUCAUUGCAUAAAUUCUAUUGUCAGGUUGAUGAGGAUCCACUGGUUGAUGCCGGCCUGGCCGAAGAAGGUCUUUUGAACGAAGUCAGAAGUCGCCGAGAGAUGGUAAGGGGACUGUAACUCAAAGAUAGACUUUAUUUUCAGCUCUUUUCCGAGCCUCCAGCCAAGGAGAACCGUCAACCGCCCCCUCUCCACACCAAGAGCGAAAUCGACAAGAGAUUGGCGAAGAUUGGGAAGAAAUGCUGA